AUGACUUCGAUGGCGCGGGAUGGAUCUGUCGACGAUGCCGAAAAAGAGAUCCUGGAACUGGAAGCACGCCUCAAGGCUGCCAGGGGAAAGUUGAAUGGUCUCAAAGGACAUAUAAACGUACCCGUCGAAUCUCUACCGUCUCGAGGCCUCUCAUCAAAACCCUCAUUGUCACCAUCUCCCUCACAAACAAACCACUACCUCCUCCUCCUCUCAGACUCCGCCCUGCCCCUCGGCUCCUUCGCCUUCAGCAGCGGCCUCGAGUCCUACCUAGCCCACACCCGGCCCCGCUCCUCCUUCAACACCUUCCUCCCGGAAUCCAUCUCCGCCUACGCUUCGACGACGCUGCCCUUCGUCCUAGCAGCGCACCGCUCGCCCUCCGACGUCGCGGACCUAGACGACCAACUCGACGCCGCAAUCAUCUGCACCGUCGGCCGCCGCGCCUCCAUCGCCCAGGGCCGCGCCCUCCUCUCCAUCUGGGAACGCUCCUUCGCCUCCUCCCUCCCCGCGCCCGUCGUCGCGACUCUCCAGCCGUAUGCGGCGCUACUCAAGACGGCCACCUCGUCGCGGUCAGUGUCGGCGACUGCAGACGACCAGGCUGAACCCCCGCCCGUCUUCGCUCACCUAGCUCCCCUCUUUGGCGCAAUCUGCAACCUCGUAGGCCUCACCCUCCAGCAGACGGCUUACAUCUUCAUGAUGGGCCACGUCAAGGCCCUCAUCUCGGCCGCUGUGAGAGCCAGCAUGUUUGGUCCCUACCAAGCGCAAAAGGUGCUUGCAAGCACACAGGUCCAGCAACUCAUCUCCGCCGCCAUUGAGCGGGAGUGGAGCACACCCGUCGAGAGGGCCGGGCAGACGAUGCCGGUGAUGGAUCUAUGGAUAGGCAGACACGAGGUUCUGUAUUCGCGAAUAUUCAACAGUUGA